AUGUCUAUCUCUGAACCUCUAACCACUUCUGAAGAGGAAGAGGCUGAUGGAUUUGUGUUUAAGGCCGGGGAAGAUCUUUCUUUUGAUGAUGUUGUCAAUGAUUUUGAGAUGGUUGCUUUUGGUGAAUUCUUGGUUAAUUCUGACGAAGAGGAUGACAAAAAUGAUAACCACUUGAUGUCUAAAAGAGAUUUUAAGAAAUUGAAUCGUAAACUUAAUGUUCUAUUACGAUCUCUUAAUUCCAAUACUCAAUUUGCCCAACAUUUGAAUCAAGAAAAAAUGCUUGCUGAUUGGUAA